AUGGGCAGAACAGUUCCACUGGAGCCCGUGUUCAGAGGACAAAGAGCAGCCCCAAAGCCAAGAACCUUCUCCAGAUUCAACAGCGGGGGCCCAAAGUCCCUGCCGUCAGACCCACAGAGGUAUCAGCAACACCUCUGCAACUCAGCCGGCCCUCUAGGGUCAGGGCCUUCAGAUUCCACCAGCAGUCCCACUCCUUAUAAAACCAAACCAGAAGGAGACACAGGAGCCCUGAGGCUAAUUGCGUCACCGCCUGAGGUCUCUGGGCUGGCUUCUGAUGGGGAGGGUGCGCCUGCACCUCCUGGAAAAGUGGGAGGGGGCGGGGUCACCAGGGCCAGCCCUCAGAAGCAACCUGGGCCUCUUGGAGACCCUGGCCAGGGCCCCAGCAGGACGUCACAUAACAGGGGGCGGCCCCUCGCUGUCUCUCUGGCUUCCAGUGUCACAUGGGACUGCUCCUUUCCCACACGUUCCUGCCACCUGACGCCUCGCCAACUCCAGCAGCCCAUCGGAGGCUGCCCAAACCACGAGAGACGUAGACCCCCUCUCUUUCCAAGGCACCCACCCGUCUUGGGGGUGGCUGGGCCAGGGACACGGCCGUCCCCGCAGGACCGCAAUGCCCUCCCCACAUGUACCCAGGCGGGCAGCAUUCAGACGGCUUGGAUGCCAGCGUUCAUCGUCCAGUUCUUUGGGAAAGCUGACACAGCCAACUCCGAAGGCGGCAAAUUUAAAGAGACUGAGGAGAAGAGAGGUCACCACAGGCUAGCGACGGCUGGGGAAAGCUGUGCCCGCCUGGAGCGCAACGAUGCCCUGCACCUACAAUGGCCGAGGUGGUGCAUCCGGGAGUGCAGCUCGGUGGUAAGGAUGGCUACCGACUCUGUUAAGCUGUGCUACUACUGGACUCAAAAUUCAGGACAGGACAUCUACGCAGCUUCUACUAAGAUCCGGCUUUUGAAUACUCGGUUGUCUUGCCCAGCAUUUUAGAUUCUAUCCAAGAGCCAAGGAGUCAUUUCCAAGAAUCUGCAUUUUUCUGAAUCCCACGUAAACACUCUUAAGUCUUCCCCAGAGCGAAAGGGACGUCACACAUAACCUGCCAAAGCCUGAGGCCCAGUGACGGAGAGAGGACACAGCAACUCCCAACCCACGACGACUGGAAACCCGAUGCAAAGCAUGAAAUACACAACUGGGCUGCAGUUCUGAUCCCGACAGCGCUCCCCUGAGCGCCUGGACCAAGGCUCCUGCAGCGACCUCUGCCCUCCCAGCACUGACCCAAGUCUGUGCUACAGCUAUGGCUUUUCCUCCUUGGGAAGCUCAGGUUAUAAGCUGGCGCUGCUUGAAGGGUCCGGGAGGAGGACUGCAUUGGGUGGCUGUAAAUUUAAGUCUCUUUCCUCUAGUUCCCCACUUGCUUGGGCAGAAUCAUCACAAUUAAAUGUGAAGUAAGCUAUACUGUCACACUUCAGGGUCUUUUCAAUUCCACCCACCGCAUGUGGGCUGUGGGGGUGGGGUGGCCCAUAAGGAAGUCAAAGGUAUUUUGGUGAAUUUUGCAACUAGGAGCCUGCCGGAGGACAGGCGAGAUCAUGUGCUCAAAUGGGAAACAUUACCAAAUCUGGGAUGGCUUUUUGUGGUUUGGGAUUUUUCUUUUAUACCAGCAUCGCUUCACUGGUUCAGAAGGACAUUUUUGUUUUCCCAGAUCAUUUGUCUUCCACGAUAUGAAAAUACGGUUUCUUUUCAUAAAGAAAACAUUCUUGGCAGGUUUUUAAUGAACAAACACUGAAAAACUAGAAUGCAAACUGGGUUUUAGUUUGCUACCAAGGGUAUUUUUGAAAAUCCUACGACUUCCAUUAAGUGUCAGUCCAUUCCUGAGUUUGGUUCCUUUUUCACUGAAAGUCAACCAAAUGAAGAACCAAUUAAUUAAUACACAGCCUGGCAGGACAUGGAAAGGGGCUAUUUAGACUUGAAAAGUGAGAGCAAGCUUCUGAACUGUCACAGGGGUCGGGGAUGAGGGGAUGGAGAAGAGACCCAGGAGGAGAGGAUUAAUGGCAGGGGUUCAUCUAGAGCUCAGUACUGGGUCAUUCACGUUUCAGUGUCACACGGGUCAUGCUCCAAAACAGGCCAUGUACUAGCUCAUAGAACUUUUUUACAUAUAUGCAAAGGAAGUGAAGUUAUCCCCUGUAUAUGAUCAGAUCACAGGGCAAUUAAAUUAGAGGCCGAAAGCAUAAGAAACCGCAAGAGCUUCGCAAACACAUGGGAAUUGAAUAACACUCUCCUGAAAACCAAUGGGUCACAGAGGAAAUUAAAGAACAAAUUAGACAGUUUCCACAAUUAAAUGGCAAUGCCAGCACAAUGUACAGAAAACUAUGGGACGCAGUGAAAGCAGUUCUACGAGGGAAAUUCAUAGCAGUGAAUGCCCACACUAGGAAAAC